UUAUGUGGUGCCCAAUCGUACCUCAAUUUAUGAUUAUUAAGUAAAUAAAAAAUCAAUACGGUUACAUGUCAAGUUUUAGAACCAAUUAAUUAUAUAUAUUUUCAGCAUCAGUCACCAGUUAUUAUAAGAUGCUUUUUUAAUGAUUUAUGGAAAUUUAAUCAAAUAUUUGUACUUUAUGAUACCAGCUGGAAAGUCACGAAAGUUACCAGUCUUCGGGUUUAUAAGGAUCAAUAUUUUCUUUGAACACUAAACAAACCUUUCACUACAGAUCUUGGUUUUUAUGAGUUACGCUUACUGUGCAACCUGGAGUCACUGGCCUGGAAACUGGAGUUCUCAUGGGCAACCUCAAGCUUGGCCUCCUUUAGGCUGGGCUAGUGCAAAUCCCAAUCCUCCACAUAAUGGCCAAACUGGAGUUGGUCCUGGCCCUCCUCUACAAAAUAUUGGUACACCACUGGGAAACUGGCCUGAUCAUUCUAUCAAUUCUACAAAUGGUUGGAUGCCUGCAGCUUGGGGUCACCAAAUCGCUGCACCUACGACGGCAAGUCGCAUUCAUACAUUAAAUGAUGACUCACUAUACAAUCAACAAUCUGUACACAAGUCUCAGCCCGGUUGGGAUUCGAUCUGUUUAGCUCCGCUGGGGACUGUACCUGGUUCUGGGCAUAAUUCUCUUGAUCCAUUGGUCAAUUCCAUUGACUCUUGGAAUCAUUCAGCUGCUGGUCUAUGCCAACUAGCUCCACCUUCUUUAAGUUCAAGUUUGGCCUUGGGCGCUCCAUCGAUUGUUCCUGGUGGCUGGAAUCACGGUAAUGUCGUAUCACGUUCUCUGAACAAUCACUGGACAGGACCUACUUCCUCCGUUAUUCCAGGUCCUAGGCCGCCCAACCAUUUGGCUGCUGGUUAUAUUAACGAAGCACUCCCUACACAUCAAAAUGGAGCUUCUAUAUCCGGAAUGGCAACAGCUGCUGCGAUUGGUCUUGGUAACUCCCCUGGUUGUCCACCGAUGCCUCAUUGGUCAUCAACAGGAUCUGUAGAUCCAAGUAAUAUAAAAUUAAAUGAAUCAUUGUACAGAACGUCUGCUGGUUGUAAUCUUUCUUCUACUCGUGGCGCAGUACCAAAUCAAACUGGUCUCAAUUUAUCCCAUCCAGGUACACUUGCUCCAAAUGGUUUACUCUCCGGUGAUUGGUGUUGUGCUAUGCCUACAAAUAAUAUAGGUUCAUCACGUGUUGCGUCUAACAACAAUAACUUUCGUCUACCAAUAUCACAUAUAUGUAAACGAUAAAAUUAAAACAUCAUUAAGAAGAUAAAUUAAGUAUUGCUAUCUUUAUAAUUCCUCUGUGUGACUGUCUGUCUGUACGAUGGGGCAGUUUCUUUCUGUACAUUCUUACCACAUAAUAUUUAUCUUUAAAAAUAUACAAAUGGUUUAAUCUAUUCAUCAGAAUGUAACCUUAACUCUCCCCUUCCCCACUGAAAGUUUACAUGAAUCUUGGAUCAUUGAAAUACUAAUAUGAACAAUUAUUUCUACCACUACUUUUAUUGAAUUUCAGUAACAUACGUGUAUUCUUCCAUUUUAUCAUUAUAGGAUCCUGAUGCUUCUGUAAUUUAUUAUAUUUAUGCCUUAGUAUGUGUAUGUGUUUGUUCGCAUUUGCUAAUUGGAUCUCAUUUUAAUGGGACUGUCUUUUAAGGCAAAUGAUGCAUAUUUACAUAUCUUAUCAAUAUAUGUAUACUUAUGCGGUUACUAUUAUUAUUUAUUGUGAACAUUCUAAUUUCUUCCCGCCUUUUUAUUUGCCUGUAAAUCUCUUAAUUGUCUUCCCGGGAUUUACAACAGCAACCUUGCAUUUUUUGUCAUGAUAAAACAAAUCUCUUCUGUUUUGUUGUUGUCAUCAUAGUAAUUGCAAUACAUUUAUAUAUAUUUCCGUCUCUGUCCUAUAUCUUUAACAUUUCUUCCUUUUUUUCUCUACCUUUCUAUCUGAUCCACACAACGUGUUAUUUUGUGUAUGUUUGUCUCUGUAAUGUGCACGUGUACAGCGGUGUUUUACUAUUCCAUAUGCUAUGAUUAUUAUAUUUUCUUCAAUGAGCUGGACUUAAUGGGAUAAAGACAACCAUGUAGUUUAUCAUAUAUUCGACAUACAUGAUCAUAUUUUGUAUAAUGAAUCAAAUAUUCGUAUGACUACUUGAGAUGUAUGCGUGUGCACUUUUAAUGUUAAUUGCUGAUUGCCUUCAACAAUAAGGAAGUUGAUGAAGCGUGUUUUUUUACCACAUGUUUUUGCGUAUAUGCUGUAAUGCUACUGUUAUUAUUUAAUUAGUCAAUCUUUUUUGUUUUUCAAUUUUUAUUUAAAUAAUUAGUCUAUUUAUUUAUUUACUUACUUGCAAUUUGUUAUUUAUUAUUAUUUUCCUUGAUUGCUUUUCUCUUCUAAAGUCAUUAUUGUUGAAUUAUUUUUUAUUGUUAUUAUUAUUAUUAUUAUCUAUUCGUUAAUUUAUUUAUUUAAUAAUAUGAAUUAUAUUUGUAUCAUGAUCAUUCAUAGUGCUAUGGUCUAAUUGUCAUAAUUAUUAAUUAAUUUUACUAUAGUAGUAUAAAUAAUGUUGUUGAUCUAAA